AAACACUCAGCCUCCCCCUCUUUUUCUCUUUUCCUCUGGACUUGUUUCUCUGGCCUCGAACAGCUAGCUCACCUUCGCCUCUUCCCGCUGCUAUAAAUAAGGCCAGAAAAGCUAAAUAGGCCCGGACAAAAACACCGAGUGAGAAUCGGGUCAGAACCACCGAGGUCUGUUUACUGAGGCGGCGUGGCUACGGCUACAGCUACAUCAUCAUCAUCAUCGUCUUCUUCUAUGUAUAUAUAUAGUUAUAUAUAUGAACUGCACGGUGCAACAAUACACGUCUCUGUAUUGAACCGUUCAUUACCCUGGUCUGUGUUUUCUACGCUAUAAAUGUAGUGACAGUGACGGCAUGAAGCUCAGUCAUGGCUGAUAAGAGGAAACUUCAGGGGGAAAUAGAUCGAUGUCUGAAGAAAGUUGCAGAAGGAGUGGAGCAGUUUGAAGACAUCUGGCAGAAGCUACAUAACGCAGCCAACGGCAACCAGAAGGACAAGUAUGAAGCAGAUCUCAAGAAGGAGAUUAAAAAACUACAGCGUCUCCGUGACCAGAUCAAGACUUGGGUGGCAUCCAAUGAGAUCAAAGACAAGCGUCAGCUGGUAGAGAAUCGUAAGCUGAUUGAGACGCAAAUGGAACGUUUCAAAGCCGUGGAGAAAGAAGCCAAGACCAAGGCCUACUCUAAGGAAGGACUGGGUUCGGCCCAGAAGGUGGAUCCAGCUCAGAGGGAGAAGGAGGAAAUGGGGGUGUGGCUUAAUAACACCAUCGACACACUGAACAUGCAGGUGGACCAGUUUGAGAGUGAGGUGGAGUCUCUGUCGGUCCAGACCAGGAAGAAGAAAGGAGACAAGGAGAAACAGGAAAGGAUUGAGGAGCUAAAGAAGCUGGUGGAGAGACAUCGGUACCACGUCAGGAUGCUGGAGACCAUCUUGAGGAUGCUGGACAACGACUCAGUGCAAGUGGAGGCCGUCAAAAAGAUCAAGGAUGACGUGAAUUAUUACCUGGACUCAUCACAAGAUCCAUACUUUGAGGAGAACGAGUUCCUUUAUGAUGACCUGGACCUUGAAGACACUUCUCAGUCUCUGGUGGCCACGUCUCCACCUGGACACUCUCACUUAGAGGAGGAGAUCUUCCAGCACUCCAGCAGCACACCUACCUCCACCACCUCAUCCUCGCCGACCCCCCUCUCACCUGCCACCUGCGCUACCGAGAACUCAGAGGACGAUAAGAAGAGAGGACGACGUUCUACUGACAGUGAGUCUCCUUUGAAUAACGGAAACCCCUCACCUUCAUCGUCCUCCUCGUCCUCGUCCUCCGUCUCAGGUCCCACCUCCUCCUCCCUCGUCUCCAUGGCGUCCAGUGGAGACGUGGGGGUCAUCAUCUGUAACACCUCAGCCGGCAGCUACGGCAGCGCCACCCAGCAGCUUCCACUGCAACAACAGGCCAUACCCUCAGUUAGUUCCCCCUCCUGUGCAGCUCCUCCCACCUCCACCGACCAUCCAACCUCCUUCAUCGACCAUCCAACCUCCUCUGCCUCGUUCACACACAGUGCCAGCACUCAGGGCCCCGCCACCUCUAACUCACAGGCUCCUUUAGGGCCACCAACCUCCAACAGCUUUGGUCUAGCUCUGGGUAUGGGCCUGGGGAAGAGUCCCCCCUCCAGUCCCAUGUCCGGGGGCCUGGGUUUAACAGGGAUGCCGGCGUCCCUGAGUUCCCUGUCUGGUCUCCUGUCCAGCUUCACACCGUCUCCAUACGCUCAGGCCGUGGCCUCAGGGAACAUGGUUCCUCUGGGCGGAGCCAGCACCUCCACCAGCCUUAAACCCGCCGGUUGCAAGAGCAGCAGCAUGGCGGUUGGCGGACCAACCUCUUCAUCGACAGGACUGUUGGGCUCGACCGCUGGUCCCAUCGGCUCAGCAGUUCUGAGUAUGGGCUCCAGCCAGACCAUGGUCCACGGGUCUUCUCUAAUGUCACCCAGUCCUGUAGGUGGUCUCGCACCAGAAAGUGGAGUCGGAGUCAUCGGUACCAGUGGAGGCAGCUGCUCUGGAACACAAGGAGGCGGAGUCAUCGGAGGAUCCUCGACCCUCUCUGUUCGACCUGCAAGUGAACAGAAGCAGAACGGAGGAACCAGUUACAGUGCGGUGGUUGCUGACUGCGUAGCAGACGUGUCCCUCAGAAGCAGCAGCCAGUCGUUGUCUCUGACCUCACCAACCAGUCAACAUAAGGACACCAGUCCAACUUUACUCGGUUCCAUCUCGUUGUCAUCCAGUUCUUCGUCUCCCUCCUACAGUGAAGCUAAAGCAGUCGGUGCUAGCAGUCUCCUGAAUGGACCAAUGUCCUUCUCCAAGUCUGCUGACAUCAUCAAGCCUCAGGAACCGCUGUGCAGCCUUAAGUCCAUGGCUGAGAGAGUAGCCCUCAUUUCAGGGAUGGAGGGGGAUGUGUCGUCACUGCACCUGACUCCAGCCCUGUUUCCUAGCAGCAGCGCCACCAACAGCGCUAUGGUGGUGUUGUCUUCACCAGUUCUUCCAUCAGCUCCUCAGUCGUCUCUGUCCGAGGUGAAUGUCCCUCCGUCUCUGGGGGUCUGUCCUCUGGGUCCGCUCACCCUCUCCAAAGACCACCAGUACCAACAGGCCAUGGAGGAGGCGGCGUGGAUACACAUGCCCCACCCAUCUGACUCUGAGAGGAUCAGGCAGUACCUAAUGAGAAACCCUUGUCCCACACUGACUUUCCACCAACAGGUGCCUCCACCUCAGUGUGACACGGUGGAGUUCUACCAGAGACUGUCCACCGAGACACUCUUCUUCAUCUUCUAUUACCUCGAGGGAACCAAAGCCCAGUAUCUGGCAGCUAAAGCUCUGAAGAAACAGUCCUGGAGGUUUCACACCAAAUACAUGAUGUGGUUCCAGAGGCAUGAAGAACCCAAGACCAUCACCGAUGAGUUUGAGCAGGGAACCUACAUUUACUUUGACUAUGAGAAGUGGGGCCAAAGGAAGAAGGAAGGGUUUACCUUUGAGUACCGAUACCUGGAGGACCGGGACCUGCAGUGACCUGAGGAAGGCCUGGAGAGAUCAGAGACCAGUUGGACCAUGGACAUGGUCCACAGAAAUGGAAGGCUGAUCCAGAGGGCUGCAGUUUUCAGUCCAGACCUGAUACUGGCUCAAGUCCCAACCUGUUCUAGGUCCAGGUUCAGACAUUAUUUGAAUUCAGUUAUUUGGACCAAAGAUAUUUCGGCCUUCUUCCAACCCGACCAGUUGUACCAGAGGUCCAGACCAUGACCAGUACCUUUUGUGUUUUUCAGAACCAUUGAAAUAUAUGUGGUCAUUUCAUUAGGAACAAAUGAUCCAAUCACACAGCUCCACCAGAACAGAGGCCAAAACCAUUCCAGCCCCCACCAAGUCCAGGGGCUCAGGACCCAGAAGAACCUCAUAGUCCACCUGGUUCACACUCACCACAGCCUGGACCUCAGUCUUUAGGGGUCCGGUUCUUGAAGUGGUCUUAGUACUAACUCAGAGUUAGUUAACUCCGUAUUAGAGGGAACUCUGAUCCGUAGCAGUUUUAAGGUCCUUCAGUCUGACUUAAUCAGUCAGUAAUCAAUAUACAGGGCGUGUCCGUUUUUUGAGGAGUCUGUGACGUCACAGCUCAGUUGGUGAGAAGAAACUGACGUCAGGAGAGAAUCCUGAGACCACGACUGGAUAUUUUAGAACUCCCUUUAAUUAGUCUUUUAUUAGAGCGUUUCCGUUUUUCUUCUGUUAUAAAACUGAUUCGAUUCUCCGCCUACAUUUCAUUUGUUAAACUCAUCGUAGUCGUGCUCUUAGCUCGGAGCAAAUACAUCAUAUUGCAUUUCAUUUUCACCAACAGUCGUUUCCUUUAUGACGUCGGUGAUGCUGGGAACGUAUUGGAGGUAACGGUGUGUCGAUGUGGGCGGAGCCUUGGUGUUGAUCUGGAACACAGACCUCCAGCAGUGUUAGUGUUAGUUUGACGUUGGUCCAUCACUACAGCAACACGUCAGCAAAGAGACUGAUCUCCAGUAGGGGGCACCACUCAGACUUAACUCAACUCAGGCUUCAGAGAGCUAAUUGUAAUCCGCUUUUGUGAAACCGGAAAGUCAGAGUUGGACAGCCCCGGCUUCAGGAAGCCAGAGCUGUGGCAUUAACUGUUUCGUUAGUUCCGUGAGUCGGCUUCAAGAAACGGACCCCGGACCAGACUGAGCCAAACCUGAAUCAUGAAGAACCAUCAGGAUUAUAUCCAAACAAAUAUGUGAGAUGGAGUCAGACAGAACCUGUGGUUCUGCUGGUUCUGGUUCUUCUGAACCCACUUGUUAGUUUAGACCUAUGUUUUUCUAACCCUAACCUGAGAAUGGGGGGAGGGGCAAAAUGUAGUGGGACUUUCUCUGAUCCAGGCCCGGACUCUUUCCACAGAUCUUGAUGUUCUUGGAGCAGAACCUGAGUUAGCUCGUGAAAAUAGGUUCCAUGGUUAUCAGUGAUAAUGUCCUGGAUCAGUUCUGAGUAAGUGGAUGGGGAGCUGGGUUUAUGUCAGGCUGGACCCCCCCAGGUCUGAGGAGCUGCGGUGACGCCGUCCCCCUGGACCACCGUUUAAUUCAGGGAAUCUGAGAAUAAAAGCACCAGCACUGGUCUGAGGCUAACAAUGAAGCUAACGGACCAACGACAGUGACGACGACAACCACGAUGACAGUUUUUCAAAUGUUCAAGGUUUUGUUUUUUUUCUGUCUCUCGUUGUUGAGACGGCAGCUUCAGAACAGUAUUUUAGGCUCCUCCCCUUCAUCCUCCGACCUUCAGUGUUGGAUGUCUUCAGAUUUGCAUAUCAAGACUCCGCCCACUCUGGAGGAUCCGUUUUUGUCUCAGGAAGUUUUUGUGAAUCCACAGCACAAACAAACCCACAACUUUUCUGUUUCAGUUUUUAAAAAUGAUUUUUGAUGUUUGGAGGAACAUCUUUAUAUUUGAUAUUUUAAAAUUUGUCUUGUAUCCUUGACAUUUUUUAUUUCAGAGAAAUACUGUUUUUUUAUAAAAGAGGUUUUGUUUUAAAUGUGAAUGUGUAAAAAUCUUAAACUCCUUUUUGUUUUUGGUUUGUGGGCGGAGGUAAACAGUAAAUAAUGAAUGAAUAAAGGUUGUAAAAUAUUUAAGAUUUACUCGUCGGGAAAUUAAACUUGAUUUAAAUGUUGAA